CCAAAAAAUUGGACAAAUUGUCAAGAAACAAAGACUGCCAGGUGUUGAGAAAGUGGUUGCAGGGUUUAAAAAACCACAUGUACUGGUCAGCCAUGACAUCCGAGGAAGGACCUGAAAAGGUUGCCAAGUGGAAGAGUGUAGUUAAUCAUAUGCAGAAUGUCCACACUCAUGACGAUCCACUAUUCCCCAAGUGCGCUCAUCCAGAUAGAGUGACCAGAGACCCAAGUAAAUGGUUAACACCAGGUACCAUGGCACUUUAUAAGGUAGAGAAGCUGCUCCUCAAUAAAAGAAUUCUGAAAGACGUGGCAAAGCUGAGCCACCAACAUCAAACUUCAGCUCUUGAGUCAUUUCACAGUGUCAUACUGAGAUUUGCCCCAAAGAAUGUAGUCUUCCCUUUCAUUGGAAUGCUGUGCAGGCUCUAUCUUGCCGCAAUGCAUUUCAAUGAGAAUGCAAACCGUGAACAGGCAAUGACCUUAGAGGGCACAGUAGUGUACAAGAUGGUGUUUCCUAAAGCAAAGAAGGGGCAGCCUACAGUGAAGGCAGUGAAAACUGAGCCCACAUUUGGAUACGUCAGUGACCUGAUGAGAUUGCUGUUCACGGAGGUAUUUGACAACCCUGACACCUAUGUUGAGGAUCUGCGGAAAGUUCCUGUUCCAGAGGACCUAUCAGCACAGUUUGAGAGGCCAGCAAAGGAGGAUCUUAUUGCCCGACAUGUCUCCAGGUUCAAUCCAGCGGUGGCCGGAAGCCAGUGUAGUUCCCUCCAGCAUCAGGAAACUCCUGACGAAUCCGCAGGACAACACAUGCAGGAAUGA